AUGGCCUAUGCCCCCAUGGUCCCUUUCCGCAGACCAGCAAAUCUGCGGUAUCCUCACCAGAGCAAAGGCAGCUCGCCUUGCCAGAGAGUGCAACAGCUUUGGCUAUUCUCUCAGAGACUGCUACCCGACUGGUAUGGAUUCUUCACUGCACGACCGGACGUGCUCGACACCGUGGCUGCUCUGGAAGACAUCCCCUAUGCCUUCGAUGAACUGCAGGCCGAUGGGAUCACCCUCUUUACUCACUACCGCGAGGGUAACCACGACUUAGGUCUUCCUGCUAUCAAGCCAAUCUGGGAAGAACUUCAUCGUCAGAGCGGUUGUUUAAUCCGCCCUACGCACCCGGCCGACACCACCACCCCUGUUAAUAAAAUGCUACCGUAG